AUGGACGUAUCAAAGGAGCAGCUUAGUGACAAAUACAUCACGGAGCUGUGGGAGAAGCUACCAGAAAGCGAGAAGAUCUACUUCUACGGUGAAAUAGAACAUGGAAGUCUGGAAGUGAAGAAUCCAGAUAGUUUAUGCUAUGAUGGGCAAAUAUGCACUGGAAUCAAGAGGACGCAAUACGAUGAAAGCAGCAAGUUGGAUGCAGAAGAGUUCUUGAGAAAUGCAUUCUAUCUACCAGAACACGAAUUGGGAACAGUGAAAAGGAACGAAACUGGGUACAAGGCAAAUGUAUUUUACAACAGACACGAUUUGCCUAGUUUCAAUUCAAAGACAUUGGAAAUGAGGGACAAUGCGAGUGGGAAGAAUGUUCCAGAGGAUGACGGACUGCUAUGGGGAUUCAGUAACCCAUCUUUCAGUUACAAUAGCGACUCAUUCAAAAACUACCUACUUUAUGCGUAUUAUGGAAUAGAACCAUACAAACAAAAUAGUUACAGAACAAACAAAGAAUUCUACAGGGAAAACAACCUUAAAGAAGUGGCAUUUGUUGAAGCAUGUAAAAACACCCUUACAUACAUUCUGAUGUCACAGGACACGUCUAUCACGUUCAACGACGCCAGACAAGUUGCAGAUGGCCUCUACGGUGCAUUGGAACUCGGUGACCUGGUCUAUUUGUAUGAAAACAGAAUUAGGAAUCUCGUGGUUUGA